AUGGUCAACAUCAAGGCCCUAGCGAGCGGCUUCGUGCUUCUCAAUGCUGCAUGCGCGGCUGUUGUUAAGAGGGAUAACAACCACCAAGGUUCCGUACCUACUGCACACGUCAAGAAUGGCACCUACACAGGCUACUACGCACCCGCCUAUGGCACCGACGGCUUCCUCGGAAUGCCAUACAGCCAACCUCCUGUUGGCGAACUACGUUUCCGUGUCCCUCAAUCUCUCAACACUACAUGGUCUGGAAUCAGGAACGCUACCCAGUACAGUCCAGAGUGCAUUGGGUAUGGCAGAGAUACCUGGAGCCAAGGCAACUACGUGAGCGAAGAUUGUUUGACUCUGAAUGUCAUCAAGCCAGCCGGUUCCCAUGCGAGCCUUCCUGUACUUGUCUGGAUCCAUGGAGGAGGCCUUGUCAUGGGUGGUAGUGCAGAUCAUCGUUACAAUCAAUCCUUCAUCGUUCAACAGUCCGUGGAAGCAGGAAUGCCAAUCAUCGCUGUCAGUAUCAAUUAUCGUCUGUCUUCGUGGGGCUUCCUUUAUGGACGUGAGAUCCAGGAGUCAGGCAACACCAUGAACGGAUUCAGAGAUCAACGCCUUGCUUUGCGAUGGGUCCAAGAGAAUAUCGCUGCCUUUGGAGGCGAUCCCAACCGUGUCACCAUCCAAGGCGAAUCGUCAGGAGGCACCAGUGUUGGAGCUCAAUUACUUGCCUACAAUGGCCGCAAUGACAGUCUCUUCCAUGCAGCUAUCGCUGAAUCUGGAGCUCCCGUUGGACUCCAACCUGACUUCCACGUUGCUGACUGGGAACCCGUCAUCGCCAACAUCAGCAAAGCUACAGGAUGCAAUGGCGCUGGUUCUGUACUUGAUUGCCUCCGUAAAGUACCUACUGAUAAGCUCAACUCUGUCAUCAACUCUACCGCCACUCAGGGAGCUCGAUACGGUCCUGUCAUUGAUGGAGACUGGUUCACUCAGACUGCCUCGCAAGCACUUGCUAAGGGUGACUUCCUCAAAGUCCCUUACAUUAUCGGAGUCAACGAGGCCGAGGGUGUUGGCUUCGGGCCAGGAGGGCUCAAUACGACUCAGCAAGUCUUGAACUAUCUCGUCAGGUCAGGUUAUGACAAUGCUACAGCCCAUGAUAUCGCCAUCCUCUACCCUGACAUUCCGGAUAUUGGUGUACCUAGUACUCUUCAUGGUAGACCGAACGCUACCAUCGGACUUCAAUUUAAGCGUGCUGCUGCCAUCGGCCAGGACAUGAGUAUGAAUGCAGGUAGACGUCUGACAGCACACUGGUGGGCAAGACAUGGUGCCACAUCCUACACCUAUAUCUUCAACGCCCUUGUCAAUGGUCUCCCAUACUUCGCCGGAGCAGUCCACUUCCAAGAAGUUGCUUUCGUCUUCUACAACACAGAAGGUCUCGGCUACCCUCAGAACGGGAAUCCCAAUCCCCUGGGCGGGCCAGCACGUGAAUCGCUCGUCACUUUAGCCAAGCAGAUGUGCCGUAUGUGGAUCAGUUUUGUCAAUUAUGGCGAUCCGAACAUGCAUCUUGGUGUACCAGCAGAACCUUGGGUCGCUGUUGAUGCGGAUGAACCUGAGGCUUACUACUUCAAUCAGAACACUACGUCCAGUUCUAUGCCUGAUGAUGUGCGUGCUGAGGGCGGUACAAAUUGCACUGGUAUUGUUGCUUGUGGCAGCACUUACAACGGCGACCUUGGCAAUCUCUAG